ACCCAAAAAUUAAAUGGACCGUUUUGGGCCCCACACACCCUUAUACACACUUUCAAAAAGAAUAUAUAACCGUUACAAGUACCCCCUCUUCAUUUCUCAUCUCAAACAACAAAGUCAUUUGUGACAGUUGCCAUAGCAAGCUCAUUUAAGUGCAAAAGCUGUUUAAGGAGGUGAUUCUUGUGUAGUUGUGUUAUCUAUCAAUCAAGAUGACUGUUGAGGUGCAAUCUGAGGCAACUCAAGUGGCUGAAGUAGUUGUGCCACAAGAGGAAUUAGAGGCUGCUAAGAAGGUUGUAGAGGAGGUUGAGGUAAAUGAGAAAGUAAAAGAAGAAAAAGAUGAGGCUAAGCUAAAAACAAUUGAGAAGAGUUCUUCUUAUAGAGAAGAGAGCAACUUUCUCACUGAUCUAAAAGAAAAUGAGAAAAAGGCCUUGAAUGAGUUGAAAUCUAAAGUUGAGGAAGCCAUUCUUGGAAACACUCUCUUAAAAAAAGAAGAGACAAAUACCAAAAAAUCUCCAGAGAAAAGUGAAGGCGAAGAAAAAAAAGAGGAAGAGGGAAAGAAUGAGGAAAAUCCCGAUGCGAAUUGUGGGAAUAUAGAGGAGAAAGAAGAGAAGGAGAAGGAGGAGGGUGAAUUGGAAGUUGAUGAAGUGGAUAAAGAGAUAUCCAUUUGGGGAGUACCACUUUUGCCUAGCAAAGGGGAUGAGAAAACUAAUGUGGUUCUCUUGAAAUUCUUGAGAGCAAGGGAUUACAAAGUGAAUGAAUCUUUUGAAAUGCUUAAGAAAACACUCGAAUGGAGGAAGGAAUUUAAUAUCCAAUCAAUCUUGGAGGAAGAUUUGGGCUCAGAUCUUGCUCCAGCUGCUUACAUGAGUGGAAUUGAUAACCAAGGACACCCUAUUUGUUACAAUAUUUUUGGAGUUUUGGAUGAUGAAGAGCUGUAUAACAAGACGUUCGGGACGGAGGAGAAACGGAACCAGUUCUUGAGGUGGAGAGUCCAAUUAAUGGAGAAGGGUAUUCAACAACUUGAUUUCAAGGCUGGAGGUAUUAGUUCAUUGCUUCAGAUAAAUGAUCUGAAGAACUCUCCUGGACCAUCCAAGAAAGAAGUCAGGGUUGCAACAAAACAAGCUGUUGACCUUCUUCAGGAUAACUAUCCUGAAUUUGUUGCCAAAAAUAUAUUCAUCAAUGUACCAUUUUGGUAUUAUGCCGUCCAUUCGUUGCUCUCUCCUUUCCUAACUCAAAGAACCAAAAGCAAAUUUGUAUUUGCUCGCCCUGCUAAGGUCACCGAGACGUUGCUCAAGUACAUUCCAAUCCAAGAAAUCCCAAUUCAGUAUGGUGGACUUAAGAGGGAGAAUGACUUUGAGUUUUCAGUCUCUGACUGUGAAGCUUCAGAAAUUCUCCUUAAAGCUGGAUCAACUGAAACCAUCGAAAUACCUGCAGUAGAUGUGGAAAGUACAUUUAUCUGGGAUGUUAUGAUCAUGGGCGGGGAAGUGAGCUAUAAGGAGGAAUUUGUGCCAGAGGAUGAGACUUCUUACACCAUUAUCAUUCAGAAGGACAAGAAGGUGAGCUCUUCAAUUCGCAACACAUUCAAGAACACUGAAGCAGGAAAGGUUGUGCUGACAAUCAAGAAUACUUCUAGCAAGAAGAAGAAGGCGUUUUACAGACACAAGAUCAAGAAAUCAGCAGUUUGAGAUGAACAAAUUUCUAGUUUGAAUGAAGAUGGAGUUUUUUAUUUAUUUUAUUUUUUAUUUUUUAUAAUGUAACUUUUUUGUGGUUGAUAUACAUUAUUAUUUUUUGGUCCUAUAUUCAUAUUGUAUAUGUUGAUUUUUUUUUUCUCCCUACAAGGAUGAACAUGAUCUAUGAAUUUUUUUACCAUUUUUA